UACUCUACUCUUUGUGUGGGUCUGUUAGCUCAAUGUGGCACUUAAUCUCCAUUUUCGUAUAAAAUAUUAGGCGUGAUAAUUGUUAUUAAACAAAAUUAAACAUACAUUACGUUGUUAUUGGAUAAACUUUACAUUUUCCUGUAAUAUAGAUUGAUUUAGUUAAUAAGGUUUUAGUUAAAAUUUAAUCAUGGGUAGCUUAGAUAAAGCCCUUCUAACAGGAUUUAUAUGUCGAUUGUGCUCUGAAAUGUGUCCUGUUGUAUAUCACAUGUAUAGCGAAGAAGGCAUACGUUUAGGCAUAGCUGAAAAAAUAAAUAAAUAUGUUUCUAUAAGCGUGUCGCCUUCAGACCCUCUACCCAAAACUAUUUGCAAGAGCUGCUUGGAACGCUUGGAGAAUCAACAUAGACUGAUGACUCUUAUUGAACAAGCUGCGAAUGGGCUGAAAGGUCAAAGACGUGCUCGCGUUGGCCGCGGUUCCUAUGUGAGCAUGUGUGACAACUCGGAUAACCCUCCGCAGCCCUCUGAACCUAAAUAACAAUUACUACUUGUUGCAACAUUACUUAUUGUUGUAACAUUAUUAUUUUUUAUGUAUUACUAGGUCUAAGUUAAAAAACCAAAUAAGAAAGUAAAUGGAUGUUUCGUGUUA